ACUUUUUUUUAUGGGUCACUGAAAAUAAACACAUUUUUAUAGCAAUCCUUUUCCUUUGCACUUGGUGUGCCUUCAAAGCUGGUGGGUCCCACCAAUCCCACUUGUUGGUCUUCAGCUUAUGUCACCUUUUCCUUCGGCUCUUAUCAAAGACGAGUCCUACUCAAAAUUAAAAAUAAAUUAAAAACUUCGACUGUUCUUCAUCUUCCUCCUCUGAUCUUCUCUGAAUUUCUCCAAAAAACAAGGACACUUUCAAUUUCUGUGUAUAUUUUUAUUCAGUAGUCGAUUUUUUUUUGUACAGGUGAAGAAAGUAUACUGCGAAAACAGGUUCAUCGUUCUUAGUUUUGUUGUUGUAUUGCUCAGCAGCGUGGGUUUUGUAAUUUGUGAGGAGAAGGGUUUGAUUGAAUCAAGUUUUUGGUAUCUGGGUAUUGUUCAUUUUUGAGAAAGAGUCAAAGGAGCUCUUGGAUUGAAGGAGUGGUAUGUAGUUUUUUCUUAUUUUCCCGGUAUUUUUUAGUGUUCGUCUUAUAUUUUUUUCAAUAGAGUUGAAAAAUUAGUGUAAUUGACCCAUUUGCUGGGGAAUUGUUGAUGCAUGGUCAAAGACAAUGGAGGUGUUUAUGGCCAGAUUUCUAUUUGUUUAGCAAUAAUUACUGCAACUUUUGGGAAAUAAUAUGAAGAAUCUCUUGAAGAAGCUGAACAUUGUGCCAAAUCAAGGUGAAGCCAUAGAAGGGUCUAAUAAUAAUAACAAUAACAAUAAUAAUAAUUCACCGAAAACGAAUAAAUUGAAUGCUGGACUAUCUCCUCGUUCACAGGCACAGCAAAGUAAACCCUUUACCACUUUGGCUGGAUGGUUUCAUACAGUAACUAAUAGAAAGAGUGCUAGUCUUCCAUCUUCGUCUAAUGAUAGGACACAAGAUUAUAUAAUGGAACAACAUCACUUGGAAUCUUCCAGUAGUGGUGGUUUUAGUGUUGCUUCUGAUGUUGUUGCGAGGCGUGACUCGGAGUCUAGUAAUGUAAAGGAUCCUGAUGUUGAGGAAGAGUAUCAAAUACAGUUAGCUAUGGAAAUGAGUGCUAGGGAAGAUCCUGAAGCUGUUCAGAUUGAAGCUGUCAAGCAAAUUAGUUUAGGCUCUUUUACACCGGAGAAUACUCCUGCAGAAGUCGUUGCAUACAGAUAUUGGAAUUACAAUGCUCUUAGCUAUGACGACAAGAUCUUGGAUGGAUUUUACGAUUUUUAUGGCGUGGUCACCGACUAUGAAACAUCAAGGAUGCCUUCCCUUGUUGAUCUACAAACAAUUCCAGUAUCUGAAGGUAUUAGUUGGGAGGCAAUUUUGGUCAACAGGGAUGCUGAUACCAAUCUGCUCAAACUUGAACAGAGGGCGGUCAAUUUUGCUGUCAAGGCAAGGUCAGAACCUCAUAUUGUAGGCGAUGCUGCACUGGUGCGACAACUUGCUACUCUGGUGUCUGACUACAUGGGUGGACCAGUUGGAGAACCAGGCACCAUGUUAAGAGCAUGGAAAAGCCUUAGUUAUAGUUUGAAGUCAACUCUUAGGAGCAUGGUGUUGCCUCUUGGUUCUUUAACAAUCGGACUGGCUCGUCAUCGUGCUUUACUAUUCAAGGUUUUAGCCAACAGUGUGGAUAUCCCAUGCCGUUUAGUGAAAGGAAAGUUAUACACAGGCUUUGAUGAUGUUGCAGUGAACUUUGUAAAGAUUGAUGGUGGAAGGGAGUUCAUUGUCGAUUUAAUGGCAGAUCCAGGAACACUGAUUCCAUCUGAUGUGGCAGUGACCCAUUUUGACUAUGCGGAUUCUCUUUCUUCUGCUAGUCCUUUGUCUCGGGAUAUUGAGUUAAAUAUAGGCACCGGUAGCAGUGAGGCAGUGAUUGCAUAUGAUGAACCAUCAGAUUCUGGGGCACUAGAGGAGAAGAUCUGCCUCGACCAGCAACGUGUUGGGGUAGAUGAUCCGAGUGACAGACCUGCUGCUAACCUUGUGAGGCCAGAAUUGGGAGAUGACGAAAUGCAUCCAUCAACAGGGUUCAGCAAAAAUCCCAGCGAAGUAAAACAAUUACCAACAGAGGUGGUUCCAUCUAGAAUUCAAUAUCCUUUUAUGCAUGCAAGAUCCCCUUCCUGGACAGAAGGAGUUAGUUCACCAGCUGUGCGGAAAAUGAAGGUGAAGGAUGUUUCACAAUACAUGAUUGAUGCUGCCAAAGAAAAUCCUCAAUUAGCUCAGAAACUCCAUGAUGUGUUGCUUGAAAGUGGUGUUGUCGCUCCUGCAAACUUGUUUUCUGAAAUAUAUGCAGAUCAUUCAGAUGUAUCAAUUACUUUCACUAAGCCUCAAGGUGAAGGGAGGCAAGAAAACAAAUUAAAGCAGGAAUCCAGAAAGCCUAACAUUCCAGAUUAUUCUGUUCAACCAAAAUUCUUGCCUCCAUUGCCUCCCCACGGAGGGCCAUCCAGGGAAACUCCAAGCCCGCAGUUGGAAAAUUUAAAGCCUGUACUAGGAGGCUCUGGGACUGACAAUGUAGUAGAUGUUGGCGAAGGUAGUACAAAUCCUCUUGUAAUGCAGCCCGAUGUGACUCCCUUAAGAUAUGGGAAAAAUGUUCCCGUUUCAGCAGCAGCUGCCGCAGCUGCUGCUGUUAUUGCCUCGUCCAUGGUAGUUGCUGUGGCUAAAUCAAGCCCUGAUCCGAAAUUUGAAUUCCCUGCUGCAGCUGCUGCAACUGCUACUGCUGCAGCUGUGGUAGCAACAACUGCUGCUGUUGGUAAGCAGUAUGAACAGAUGGAGGCUUCUCCUCACUCACAAGGUGGAGAUGCUUGCUUCCUUAGUGAAAUGGUUUGCUCAAGGAGUCGGGAAAGAGAUGAUGCUGGUCAGGAUCCUCGUGGUAGUGGCAAGGAGCGAGACACUUCCCAAGAAAAUUCAGAGGAAAGAACAUCUGAUAGGUCAGCUGGUGGUGAUAGUGCAAGCAGUGCAAGAUCUGACAUGACACUAGAUGAUGUGUCAGAUUGUGAGAUUUUGUGGGAGGAAAUCACCGUGGGUGAGCGUAUUGGACUUGGAUCAUACGGAGAAGUAUACCGUGGAGAUUGGCGUGGCACUGAAGUAGCUGUUAAGAGGUUCUUAGACCAAGAUAUUUUUGGGGAGUCGCUUGAAGAGUUUAAAAGUGAGGUUCAUAUCAUGAAAAGACUAAGACAUCCAAAUGUUGUUCUGUUCAUGGGAGCUAUUACUCGCCCACCGUAUCUAUCGAUUGUUACAGAGUUUCUUCAUAGGGGUAGUUUGUACAGAUUACUUCACCGGCCUCACAAUCAAUUAGACGAAAGGAGGCGUAUAAGGAUGGCUUUUGAUGCUGCGAGGGGUAUGAAUUAUCUCCACAAUAGUUCACCCGUAAUCGUCCAUCGCGAUUUGAAAUCCCCGAAUCUUCUUGUUGAUAAGAAUUGGGUUGUAAAGGUCUGUGAUUUUGGCCUAUCUCGUAUUAAACACAGCACAUUUCUUUCUUCACGCUCAACUGCUGGAACAGCUGAAUGGAUGGCUCCAGAAGUGCUUCGAAAUGAACCUUCUGAUGAAAAGUGCGAUGUAUUUAGUUUCGGGGUCAUACUUUGGGAGCUUUGCACUCUCCAGCAGCCAUGGGGAGGAAUGAAUCCUAUGCAGGUGGUUGGUGCCGUUGGCUUUCAGCAUCGGCGUCUGGACAUUCCAGACGAUAUUGAUCCUGCAAUUGCUGAUAUCAUUCGUAAAUGUUGGCAAACAGAUCCAAAAUUGCGACCAUCAUUUUCUGAGAUCAUGGCUGCGUUGAAGCUAUUGCAGAAGCCUGUAAUAGGUCCACAAAGUCAAAGGCCGAGUUCAUCAAGAAGUGGUGAUAUUGAGAAAUAGUAACCAUGGUUCUUACUGGUGGAAUAUAUUGUAACGAAUAGCAUGGUUGCCUAAAGUUUGAGGCUAAGUUUCCUAGCAAUGUAGGAAAAAAUGAAAAAUUGUACAAAUGAGGGUGUAUCGCAAUCUUGAACUGUAUAUACCUCAAACUUUAGAUGAAUAUGAUUCUUUAUACGCUGUCUUCUCCUA